AUCGAUGGUCAACACGAACACUUUUCAUUUCGUUGGUAUGUCCGCCAGAACCGCUGGUAGAUGGAAGAUGUCACACGACAGCACUAUCGAGUGCAUCGUCGAACGGUUUGGAUUGUGGUGGCCCAUCGGUUUUGCUGUGUCGAACCACAACCGUUUGAAGGUAGGGAACGAUAUGUGUGUCUUUAUUAAUACACAUUAUGUUAAAUCAAUCGGAAUUACGUCGACGAAGGUGUUGGGAAAAAAUAUGAUAUCAACAAGCGUGUUAUAAAUAUGACUUGAUGUUUAGUCCAGUAGUUCAUUGUUGCGUCGUAGUUUGAUCGGUCCAACAUUUGUGAAUUAUCAAUCGACCAAUCGACGGUGGUGCUAGUCAGGUGUACCAAAGAAGACCUAUCGUGGAAGGAGGAUGAGAGUUUCUAAUAAUUUGAAAGUGUGUUUAGUGAUUUGCUGUGUUAUAGUGAGCAGUUCCGCCGUUAAGAAAAAACGAGGACUUUACCAUGGUUUAACGGGUUAUACGAUUCCUCUGGGAGUAGCGCCUUAUCGUCCGUACCAUUUUCAUCCAUAUGCAAAGCUGCCAGGAUUCUAUAAAGGUCAUGGAGGCCACGGACACGGACACGGUGGAGUUUUACCUCCGGGUUACGCAUUGUUUCCAGGCGGUGCCUCGGUGACUUCAUAUCAUCGGAAUAUCCCGAAAAUUCCGACAAUCUACACACCAUCCUACCUUCCAUCACUCGGAGUGCCUACAACAGUUCUUCGGCCGGUUGCCAAUCUUCCACCAGCGGUUCCGGUUGCACCAGUGUCUCCCACAUAUCCGGUGGUGCCACAAAUUCCUAUCGCACAAGUUCCGGCAUUGAUCCCAGUAGGAAACCCACAGCAUACAUCAUUCUUCGCCACAUAUCCACAGAAACCGAUCAUUCCGGUUGCGGUUCCUGCCCCAGACAAACCAAAAGUGCCAUUGUUUGUGCAAAAGCCACUGUAUACCUCAUUCACGAACGUUCUGCAACCGGGAAUACUGCCCACAGGAGUAUACAAUCCGGCUGUUAGUGUAUCCAAUAUUUCACCAACUUUCGUGGGAGUUCCGAUUGCGGGUCCAACAGCUACUACACCGACUGUAUCUACAGCAACGGCGACUCAGACCGGUCAGCAAUCCUGGCGUCCCAUUGUGUUACAUCAUCCAACACCCGCACCGGCAACGACGGUAGCAUUCAAACCUUCCCUGAAUCUGUUACCUCCAUACACUCUAUCGAACAACGGCCAAGGACAAAUAUACAUCAGUAGUACACCAACGCCGCAUAUUCAGGACAACCAGGAGCAACAGCAGCAAACCUUACUGGAUCUAGACCAAGCUUCCUAUCAUCACCAGAACCAGGACGAUGGAAAUGGAGCAUUCAACGGUCAACCAUACGACGUAGCAUCGAAUCACGGCCGGUACAGCGGUCCGUCCAGUUACGACGUUGACAUCACUCACAACGGGUAUCAGAAAAAAUAAACCCAAAAGCCACGCGGACGGAUGGGGUGUGGGGAUUUCAGGGAUCAUUUGCCAUUGUAACUGUGUAUAAAU